UCCCGUUUCUUCCUCCUCUCUUCCACUCCAUCGAUCCCCCCAUCUCCAUCACCGCCCUCCAUCCCUUCCUCUCUGCGCGCGGCAGUGCUCGCUUGCUUCUCCGACCUCGUCUGAUCACUGUACUCUCCCUCUCUCUUUCUCUUUCUGACGAUCGACGAGCGAUCGAGUCGACAUACAUGUAGAAGAGCAGAUCAGCCAGCCAGGGGUCGCAGAGGCUGCGGGAAGGUAGAUCUAAGCUUGGGAAAGGAAGGAGGAGGAGGUGGAGAGAUAGAGAGAGGGGCAGGCGCGUGCGUGUGCAUGGUGAGGUUCUAGGGUUUGUGGAAGGAGCUAGGCGGAGGAGACUAGCUAGCUUGCAAUAGCAACUGGCAAGUGGUAGAGCUAUGCCCGGAGGGUUGAUGAUCCCCGGCCGGAACAUGCCGACGGCGGCCAUGAUCGGCGGCCUCGCCAGCUACGCCGCCUCCCUCGGCCAGAACAUGUUCGAUGGGCAGCAUCAGCUGCCGGUGCUUCAGCAGCAGCAGCAACAGAACCAUGGCCAGCAGCAGCUGCAGAAGGCGGCCACCAGCGAGAGCGACGCGCGCGGCCCGCGGCACGACGAGUUGUUCAUGGAGAGCAAGUCCGGCAGCGACAACCUGGAGGGCGGCGGCGGGUCGGGCGGCUCCGGCGGCGAGGAGCUGCAGGAGGAGGAGGACCUCAGCCUGCAGCGGCCCCGCAAGAAGCGCUACCACCGCCACACCCAGCACCAGAUCCAGGAGCUCGAAGCUUUCUUCAAGGAAUUCCCGCACCCUGACGACAAGCAGAGGAAGGAGCUGAGCCGGGAGCUGGGGCUGGAGCCUCUCCAGGUCAAGUUCUGGUUCCAGAACAAGCGCACCCAGAUGAAGACGCAGCAGGAGCGGCAGGAGAACACGCAGCUGCGCACCGAGAACGAGAAGCUGCGCGCCGAGAACGCGCGCUACAAGGACGCGCUCGCCAACGCCGCAUGCCCCAACUGCGGCGGCCCCGCCACGGCCGUCAUCGGCGAGAUGUCCUUUGACGAGCACCACCUCCGCCUCGAGAACGCACGCCUCCGAGACGAGAUCGACCGCAUCUCCGCCAUCGCCGCCAAGUACGUCGGCAAACCCGCCGCCGGCCUGCCCAACUCAUCGAACAUCUCCUCCUCGGCCGCCGCCGCCGCGCCGUACCAGCCGCCGCUCUCCUCCCAUCUCCUCAUGUCCGGCGCUGGCAUCUUCGGCGCCAGCGAGUUCCACCACGGCGCCGCGGCCGGGUUCGACAAGCCACUGGUGAUCGAGCUCGCCGUGGCUGCCAUGGAGGAGCUGGUGCGCAUGGCCCAGCUCGGCGAGCCGCUCUGGGUCCCCGCCCUCGUCGACGGCGCCGCCACCGAGGCGCUCAACGAGGAGGAGUACGAGCGCUCAUUCCCCAGGGGCGUCGGCCCCAAGUCGCCGGAACUCCGCUCGGAGGCCUCGCGGGAGACCGUCGUCGUCAUCUUGAACCACAUCAGCCUCGUCGAGAUGCUCAUGGACGUGAACCAAUGGUCGACGCUGUUCUCGAGCAUCGUGUCGCGGGCCGGCACGCUUGAGGUGCUCUCCACCGGCGUCGCCGGCAACUACAACGGCGCGCUGCAGCUGAUGUCGGCGGAGUUCCAGAUGCCGUCGCCGCUGGUGCCGACGAGGGAGAGCCAUUUCGUGCGCUACUGCAAGCAGCACGCGGACGGCAGCUGGGCGGUGGUGGACGUCUCGCUCGACGGGCUGCGCGCCGGCGGGGCGACGGGGGCGCGCGGGCGGCGCCGCCCGUCGGGCUGCCUCAUCCGGGAGAUGCCGAACGGCUACUCCCGGGUGACGUGGGUGGAGCACGUGGAGGCGGACGACGCGAUGGUGCACGACCUGUACCGGCCCCUGGUGAGCUCCGGGCUGGCGUUCGGCGCGCGGCGGUGGGCGGCGGCGCUGGAGCGGCAGUGCGAGCGGCUGGCGAGCGCCAUGGCCAGCGGCGUCCCUGCGGCUCCCGCGGGCGGCGGCUGCGACGCCGGGGUUGUGACGUCGGCGGAGGGGCGGCGGAGCAUGCUCAGGCUGGCCGAGCGGAUGGUAGCGAGCUUCUGCGGCGGCGUGACGGCGUCGACGACGCACCAGUGGACGACGCUGUCGGGGAGCGGCGCCGAGGACGUGCGCGUGAUGACGCGCAAGAGCGUGGACGACCCCGGGCGUCCCCCCGGCAUCAUCCUCAACGCCGCCACCUCCUUCUGGCUCCCCGUGCCCCCCGCGCGCAUCUUCGGCUUCCUCCGCGACGACGCCACCCGCAACGAGUGGGACAUCCUCUCCAACGGAGGCGACGUCCAGGAGAUGGCCCACAUCGCCAACGGCCGCGACCACGGCAACGCCGUCUCUCUCCUCCGCGUCAACAACGCGAACUCGAACCAGAGCAACAUGCUGAUCCUGCAGGAGUGCUGCACGGACGCGACGGGGUCGUACGUGAUCUACGCGCCCGUAGACGUGGUGGCCAUGAACGUGGUGCUCAACGGCGGGGACCCGGACUACGUGGCGCUGCUGCCGUCCGGCUUCGCCAUCCUGCCCGACGGGCCGGGUGCGGGCGGCGGCGGGUCUCUCCUCACCGUGGCGUUCCAGAUCCUGGUCGACUCCGUGCCCACCGCCAAGCUCUCGCUGGGCUCCGUCGCCACCGUCAACAGCCUCAUCUCCUGCACCGUCGAGCGCAUCAAGGCCGCCGUCGCCGCCGACAACGCUGCCGGCGGCGCCCCUCGGUGACCGAACCCGUCCACCAUCAUUCCCAAUGGAGAUAAAUCUGGGGAGGGAUGAAGAGCGGGUUGAAUCAAACUAAAAUUUGUGAGGAUUUAGCAAUAUGGGGAGUCAAGAACGCACCGCGUACUCUCCUUGCAAAGUGUUGCUUUCGAUUCAGAAUUAGCGAGGGAGCAACACUUUGCAAGGGGGUUGGUUCGGGCAUUGACUUCUCCUCUUUCUCUCUCUCCGAUCGACCUGCCAGGCUCUCUCCAGAAACUCCAUGGGUUGUAGAAGCUCAGCUAGCAGCUAGACAAUGCAAGCCAUGCAAACUUUUUAAUCUGACUAUGUUGUAAUGUGUUUGUACCCGUGUCUUGGUAUUCAUCUCUCUCUCUCUCUCUCUCUCUCUCUAGUUUCUUUCUCUGCAUGAAUGGAGGUUAAUUUGACUUGAGUUUGGAGUUGGCGAUUGCAAACUCAAGUUUGAACCCGUUAAUUGGACUGCCUUUUCUUCUUCCAUCCAUUCCAUCUGGUUUCGACCGUUCGUUGGCAUCAUCUCUUCUUUGUCGCGGAAAUGUAGUUGAGAUCGUGCUAGAGCAAAACACUUGACCCGGAAAGCUCCCAAACUUUCCGGACAGCUUGAGGGCUCAACCACUGAAUAUGUUCUCAUAUCAGAUUGCAGUCAAAUGCAGCAACUGGUUCAGUAAGAGGUCCAAUUAGGUUACCUAU